AGAGAGAGAAGAAGAAGAAAAGAAAACAAAUUUCUCGGAAAAACAGAGGAAAAGCCAGACAUACGUAGGUGGGUCAUGGUACAAUCCGAACUUUUGCUUUGCCGUCGUCACUCCGACAUUUUCAUCGUUUUGUUGUUCAAAUCUCACAGCUUCGUUCCAGAAGGGCAAUAAAACAGAUAUCUUCUUUUUUCUUUGGCGUCUUGUCCUCUUUCCCUUCCCCUGCCCGCGACGUCGAUCUUGUUCAAGAUUGCCGUCCCCCUGUUCCGAGCUCGUUCUUGAAAUGGUUUCUCGGUCUUGAAUAGCGACGACAGGGGAGAGAGAGCUUGAUCUUGAUCUGGGUGCCGAUGGGUGGGGGCGACGGGGAAGAAAGAAUGUGAAACGGAGAGUGCCUUUCCUCUCUCUUGCUGGAUAGACAAGAGAAAUGAGCAAAGAAAAUGUUGGCAUUGUCAAGGCCUGGGAAUUAACGGUGCGCAAAUCACAAGCUGCUGCUGCUAACAAAAGAAGGGCAAACAGCAUUUUUGCCGUCAUGUCCGUGGCGCACGUCGACGAGGAGGAGGAGGAGGAGGACGGCGACAAUGCCGGCUCCGGCGAGGUCUACCAUGCCGAGAAACUCCUCUCCAACGGCGACUUCUACACUGGCCAGUGGGCCGAUAACCUCCCCCACGGUCACGGGAAGUACCUAUGGACUGACGGGUGUAUGUAUGUUGGCGAGUGGCACAAAGGCAACACCAAUGGGAAAGGGAAAUUUUGUUGGCCUAGUGGAGCCACUUAUGAGGGUGAUUUCAAGAAUGGGUAUAUGGAUGGUAAAGGGACUUACACAGGUCCCUCAGGGGAUACUUAUAGAGGUUCUUGGACCAUGAACUUGAAACAUGGACAAGGGACCCAGAGUUAUGCCAAUGGGGAUGGUUAUGAAGGAGAAUGGCACCGCGGGUUGCAGCAUGGUCAUGGGAGGUACCGAUGGAUGAAUGGUAACCAUUUUGUUGGACAAUGGAAAAAUGGGGUGAUCAGUGGAACUGGCACGAUGAUUUGGAGUAAUGGAAACCGGUAUGAUGGGUUAUGGGAAGACGGUUUGCCUAGAGGAAAUGGGACUUUUAGAUGGGCAGAUGGGAGUUUCUACGUGGGCGUUUGGAGUAAAGACCCGAAGGAGCAGAGUGGAACGUACUAUCCGUCCGGCUCGACGGCGGGUAAUGUUGAUUUCGAUCCACAAAAGGUUUUUGCAGUGGAUUUAAACGAUUGUAAAGUAUCGACUGGUGAAAAGGUGCCGGUUUUGCCUUCACAGAAGAUGCUAAACUGUCCUGUUGUUGAGGGGGUUUUCAAGCCCUCAAAGGGCAACGAUGGAAAGUCAAGGCGAGCACUGGUAGAUGGAAGGGUCUGUGAUUAUAGCUGGGAUUCUGAUGGUGAUAGAAAUGGCGACACGACACCUAGGAGUAUGGUCGAAGGGCUAGACAGUUUUAAGCUUGAUGAUUUGAAUACGAGAAUAGCACGCACAAGGCUACGGGCUUCAAGAAUACAGCCAGUCAAGAGACAAGGGGAGACAAUAUCGAAGGGGCACAAGAACUAUGAGCUAAUGCUCAAUCUUCAACUAGGAAUCAGGCAUUCUGUUGGGCGGCCUGCUCCAGCUACCUCUCUGGAUCUGAAGGCUUCAGCUUUUGAUCCUAAAGAGAAGGUGUGGACAAAAUUUCCCUCAGAAGGAUCUAAGCAUACUCCACCUCACCAAUCUUGUGAAUUCAAGUGGAAGGAUUACUGCCCAGUGGUUUUCAGGACUCUCAGAAAGUUGUUCAAGGUGGACGCAGCAGAUUACAUGAUUUCUAUAUGUGGAAAUGAUGCUCUUCGUGAACUUUCAUCCCCGGGAAAAAGUGGAAGUUUCUUCUACUUAACCAAUGAUGACCGCUAUAUGAUUAAGACAGUGAAGAAAGCAGAAGUGAAGGUGCUCUUGAGGAUGCUACCUGCCUACUAUAAUCACUUUAGGGCAUAUGAGAAUACUCUAGUUACCAAAUUUUUUGGCCUACAUUGCGUCAAAUUGACAGGGGCUUCCCAAAAGAAGGUAAGAUUUGUCAUAAUGGGAAAUCUGUUCUGUUCGGAGUACACUAUACACAGACGCUUCGACUUAAAAGGUUCUUCACAUGGUCGUAUCACUGAGAAACCAGAGACAGACAUUGAUGCAACCACCACCCUAAAAGACCUGGACCUCAACUUUAUUUUCAGAUUGCAGAAGUUUUGGUUCCAAGAAUUUUGCAGACAAGUGGACAGAGAUUGUGACUUCCUUGAACAGGAGAGGAUAAUGGACUACAGCCUUCUGAUUGGUCUUCACUUUCGGGAUAUAUCUUAUAACAAAAAUUUGCAUGUGGCGGAAGCUCAUCCUUCCACAGCUCAAACUCCUAGAGGGAAUGGGGACACUGGCAGUGGCAAGGGACGAUUUUCUAAUGUAGAGGCGGACCGAAAUUUCUUGGAUCCUACCAGAUGGGCUUCCGUUAAAUUGGGAGUAAACAUGCCUGCUCGGGCCGAGUUAACAGUGAGGGAAACCAAUUGCGAAUCUCAGCUGAUUGGAGAUCCUACGGGAGAACUGUAUGAUGUUAUCGUCUACUUCGGCAUAAUAGACAUACUGCAAGAUUAUGAUAUUAGCAAGAAGAUUGAGCAUGCGUACAAGUCGUUCCAAUAUGAUCCGACUUCAAUAUCUGCCGUUGAUCCGAAGCAGUACUCUAGACGCUUCCGCGAUUUCAUAUUCAGAAUUUUCGUCGAAGAUACCUGAAGGUUCAGAUUGACCAAGAAUUUCAUCAAUCACACAGUGUACAGCCAAUUUUUGUUUGGGAAGGUGAUUCUCAUCUGCAUCAGAUCACGGCCCUAAGUUGUUUGAGUUAGAAUUAUGAGCGAGACAUUCUGACUCCGUGGCAACCUGUGUUUCGUGAUCAGCUCGCGAUUUUUCAGCAGCGGCUCAUUAAGUUAACAGUUCCAAAGGCUCAAGGUUCAUGUUGAAGCAAAAGCGUUGGCUGGAGCCAUGAAGAGAAGUUGCCCCCAAAGCCUAUUUCAAAUGUAAAUGCACUAACCAACAGGCAAUUGAUUAUGGGAAAUUCGCCACUUUUUUGUACCGAAGCAUUUCCGGGGAGAUGAGGGCGUGUCUUGAAAUUCAGGACGAGUUAAGAUGUACAGUAGAUUAAUGAGAAGGAAAGUUCUGUAAAUGGUACUCAGAUUCGUGCUGAAUGAUCUUAGGCUCGUUCUGGUGUGAUUUAUUGUA